AUGGGAAACGGGCCCCGGCCCAAGCGCAGGGGCGCGUGCAGGGCGGGCAAGGAGGCGCUGCGCAAGAGGCCCGCCGCCGCGCCCACCAUGCGGAAGCCGUCCGCAGCCCCCAUGCAGAGGCCGUCCGCGGCCCCCAAGAAGAAGGCGCCCAGCGUGCCCUACUUGCCGCCUGCGGUGCCGGAGGGUGGUCGCUUGGUGUCGACCUCGCACAAGAGCAAACUUUUCUCCGUGGAGAUGCCCUCGUUUGCCGAAGCGGCGGUGAUGAGCGACGCGGACGUGGGCCGUGCUUUGCGCGAGGCUGGGUGCAUCCCGCCCAAGACCGACCGCACGUGCUGGAAGCGCGGAAACGACAUGGUUGAGCAGGAGAACGGCGACUUCAGAUGCUGGGCGCAGACUCACCGCGUGACUGGCGCGUCCAGGAAGAAGGUCGAGCUGCUCAUGCCGCGCGUCGCGGAGGCCGCUGCGUGGAAGUCUAUGCAAGCUGCCGACAACUUCGAGCAUUCCGCUGGCGAGGUGGAGAUAGACGCAUUCGCCUGCUCGGUCCGCCGCGCUGGCAGCGCCACCCAGAGCGUGCACGUGGGCCGCGGGAUCAUGGUUGUGGAUCGCGCGACUGGCACGCGCGUGGUCUUCCCUGCGAAGGGCGCGGCCGUGCAGAAGGGCGCGCCGCCUCCGCCCGAGGGCGCCGAGGCCGCUGGCAUCCUGCGCACGAGGACCAAGCGCAGCGCUAAGCAGUUCGCCAAGACCGAGAAGAUCGGGAUCGAGAGCUCGGGGGCGGCCCUGACCAAGAUGGCCGCCAAGCGCCAUGCGCAGAUGAGGAAGAACAGGGGGAACUCCACGGCCGCCAAGUGCGCCAAGGGCCCCAUGAAGAGCAAGAAGGGCCCCAUGAAGACUGCGAAGAGCUCCGAGGCCGCCAAGCGCACCAAGGGCCCCAUGAAGAGCGCCAAGAGCACGAGGGGCUCCAAGACGUCCUACCUCCUGACGCGGUCCUCGACCAACAUGGCAGAGGCCAAUAUCGGCGUCGCGAAGGGCAGCGUGCACAAGCGCAGCUACCUGGGGAAGCGCAACGAGAGCAUGCGCACGCAGUCCCAGCUCUUCUACGAGAACACGCCUGGCUUGACCCCGAUCCUGAAUGCCAUGGGGGAGUUCACGAAGUUUUUCCCCGAUUCCUGCGACCCGUGGCAACUGUUCGGGAAAGGGAACUGGCAG